GCCAACGCCAAAACGUUGUUGCGCCACUACUCACUGGCGCGAUGAUGGCCGAGGAGGUGCUCGAAGAGAUCGCGCCCAACGCGGUGCCGAGCUCCCACGAAACGAAUGUGCCGGCCACGGUGACGCGCCUUCCGUCGAUCAACUCGCUCGUUGCACCCGCUGCCGACACAUCGACGCGCGGAAUGAAACCCGUGACGUCCGAGGCGAAGGCCGAGCUCGAGGAGCUGGCAAAGGGCACGCGCCGAGGCACCAUCACAACGCUACUCGCCCAUCUGCGCAAGACGCGCAAGUCGGAGUUGAAGCCACGGAAGUACUACCGCCGGGGCACCAUCUUCCUCGAGCACCUCGAGGCGCAAAAGGUCGCGAAGGGCGUCGACUCCAAGUUUGUUGACACCAUGAAAGCGCACUACGAGAAGAGCCACAUGAGCACGAGCACGAUGAUUGGGCUCUCGAUCUUCCAGAACGGCAACAACCCCGUGAACGACCCGUUCGCAGUCGACAACAUGCCGCUCGAAAUUCAAAUUGGGUUCCGGAAAAAGCUCUUUCGGCUCUUCUCGCUGCAGCUGCUUGUCGUCAUUGGCCUCGACUUCGUGUUCACGUCUGCGCCGGGCUUCGGGUCGUGGUUCAUGAGCCCCUGGAACCUCUUCGGCGUCUUCUGUCUCAUGAUCCUCUCGCUCUUUGCUCUGUACCUCAAAAAGUACAUUUUCCCGCUUAACUUUGGCAUCCUCGCCGUCUACACGGUGUUCCAAGCCAUCUUCCUCGCCGGCGUCGACGCGUACCUCGUGCAGCACGUUAGCCUCUUCGUCUUCAUCUUCACCUUUGUCGUCAUCACGCUCCACAGCGUUCUGUGCACAACGCCGCUGCGGGGGUCGUCCGAUAGCCCCGGACGGCUCCUGAGCUACAUGGUGUCGGUCGCGAUCGCCUUUGGCAUCGUCUUUGUGCUCUCGCUCGUCGUGUUCUUCACGGCGCUCCGCGAGUCUCUCUCGCCACCCAUGAGCGUCACCGAGUACUUGCUAGCGAGCGCGUUCAUUUUGAUUCUUUGCCUCUGGUUUGCCUACGACGCGUCUUGUAUGAACCAGAAGCUGAGCCCGGACGAGUACAUGCAAGGCAUGAUCUUCUUCUACACCGACAUGAUCCUCUUUCUCAUCUUCCUCAGCAUGAUCACGUUCGCCUUCAUGGCCUGCGAGGGUGACGCGUGUUGCUGCGGGUCGGCUGAAAUCUUGCCUGCGUAUCCCGUGGGGAUCGUGGGCGACGCGGCCGGGCCUGUUGCGGAAGGCGACUCGGAGCCCAACCACGACGAGCACGCGCCUGGCGUGGACAACCAGACCAUGGUGCGAUGACGACGCAACGAGUCGAGAAUAGUUUAGGACCCUAGUUGAAUAGCUGUAAUUCAAUGCAUGUGAAUUUGGACGCCUACCUUUGGCGCUGGCAG